CCUUAAACACUUUCACUCGGGUCCUUCCGAAAUCUACGUACGCCUUUUUUGCAACCGGAAAUCCUUCCUCCAGAGUGCGCUCUGAUACGGUUCUUCUCAUUUAUUUCAAAAUGUUUUCCAUGUUUAACUCCAUUCCUACUCACAUGGAUUAUAAAGGUCAGAAACUUGCAGAGCAGAUUUUCCAAGGUGUCAUUCUGUUCUCAGCUGUCGUUGGAUUCAUUUAUGGUCUUAUAAUUGAGCAGUUUGGAUGGACUGUGUACAUCAUGCUUGCCGGAUUUGCCGUCUCCUGUUUGCUCACACUGCCUCCGUGGCCCAUGUACAGACGAAACCCUCUCACGUGGCAGCCGAUCGUACCAGAGACGCCCGAGACUCGUGAAAAGCCUCAGGAGAACUUGAAGAAGAAAAAACACAAGUAGAAUCGCACUCUGCGGGUAGAGACGUCUGCCAGACGGACUCUUCAGAGCGGGAACAAUGGACGGCUUCAACAACUCGCUUCAUUGUUUUCAUGUAAAAUUUCACACAUGCCUAAUAAAGAGGAUUAUUUGUUUGAUAGUGAAA